UGCAUACGAGACAUGGUAACACAUAUAGUCUCUUUGCUUGCUAACCUCCUUCCCGAAUCAAAGUCUCUCUGCCUUUCCCUCUGCCUUUGCAUUUGCCUUUCUCAAGGGUUUUAAGAACUGCCUCUGAUUCUCUGCCUCCGGUGCUCAGGAAUAACAUGAUUCAUGAGGAAGGCCGCCAAGCGAGCUCCUUUCAUCCAUAAUAUUGAAUCAGCCAUGGUGAGAGUAAGAAGAAGCAAACACUUGAGACUACGUGCUGAGAGAAGUUCUGUUCUAGCUGCACUGCUAAGGUUUUGUGACAAGGGAACUGCUCCUCGAAAUUCUACCCAAACAAAACCUGAUAGUGUGCAUCCAAUGCCUUCAAAUGAUGUAAAUCUGCCAGAUGGGAAUGGGACUCAUACAAGGGAUUCCCCUGAGAUUAUCAGUAUGUUGAGAGAGCCAGCUGCUGCAGAGAGAGUUUUGCUGGGCUUACUUGGUCCUGAUGAUACCAAGAUUACGCAGGAGUAUGAUGAUGGUGGUUUGAGGCAAAACUUAUCCCACCAUGCCCUUGCUGCCUGCCUCCACUUUGCCAUGUGGCUAAGGGAAAAUAGAGAGUCUUCCUUAGCCUCCAGGGAGCGCGAUGAAGCCAGAGCUCGUGUUGCAGAGCUGAAGGAAAGAGUUAGACAUGUUGAGGAGAUUCUGAGGCAUCUGGUCCAAGAAUAUGAGUCUAAGCUAAAUGGCCUGCAAAAUAAUGUUGAUCAGUUGAGGCAGAAGGCUGAGUUCUGCGAGAGGAAAUGGAAGGAGCAGGAGGCCUUGCAUCAGGAGAAGACCAAUGCAUGCGAGAUAUAG